AACCUUUGCACCUCUUUCUUUUAGGUCCAAUUAGCUUUUCGGGUCUGUUCUAAGCCCAAAUCCUCCUCCUCCUCUCUCUUGUCUCUCUUCCUGCAAAGCCUUACCUCUCCGCCUUGGACGUCGUUUUCCGGCCUUCAAACCCGCCCCCAGAUCAGAUCGCUUCUGUUUGGGCUUUUUUUCACCGCUGCAGGGUUUACUUGUAGGCAGAAAUGACGGAGGAAAUGGUCUCCGGGGAGAACAAUCAGCUGGCGCUGACCACUCCUGAAACGCAGCCGAUCAGGCGCAGGAAAAAGAAGUCCAUGGUAUGGGAGUACUUCACCAUUGAACAUGUGAGUGCUGGAUGUAGAAGAGCAUAUUGUAAGCGCUGCAAGCAAAGUUUUGCUUAUAGCACUGGUUCCAAGGUAGCGGGUACCAGCCAUCUGAAACGCCACAUUGCCAAAGGAACCUGUCCGGUGUUACGAGGCCAAGAUAACAAUCAAUUCAACUCGUAUAACACAAUGAUGGGCGGAAGUGAACCUCCGAAGCGACGCUACAGAUCUCCUAGUACACCUUUUAUCCCAUUUGAUCAGGAUCGAUGCAGGCAUGAAAUUGCCAGAAUGAUCAUCUUGCAUGAGUACCCCCUUCACAUGGUUGAGCAUCCCGGUUUCAUAGCUUUUGUUCAAAAUCUUCGGCCUCGGUUCGAUAAAAUGAGUUUCAACACAGUUCAAGGGGAUUGUGUGGCAACUUACCUGAGGGAAAAGCAAAGCCUCAUGAAGUUUAUUGAGGGUGUUCCUGGACGAUUUUGUCUUACACUGGACAUGUGGAGUUCAAAUCAAACGCUCGGUUAUGUGUUUAUUACCGGACACUUUGUUGAUAUGGAGUGGAAGUUGCACAGACGGGUUUUCAAUGUCAUAAUGGAACCGUAUCCGGAUUCCCAUUCUGCUCUAAGUCAUGCCGUUGCUGCUUGCCUUUCUGACUGGAGUUUGGAAGGCAAGUUAUUUUCCCUCACCUUCGAUCAUCCACUAAGUGAAGCCGGGCUGGAAAAUCUUAGACCUUUACUGUGCGUUAAGAAUCCCCUUAUUCUUAAUGGUCAGCUGUUAAUUGGAAAUUGUAUAGCUCAUAUUAUAAGCAGCAUGGCAAAGGAUGUUCUUGGAGCCGGGCAAGGGAUCAUCAAGAAAAUCCGUGAUAGCGUAAAGUACGUGAAGAUGUCAGAAUCCCACGAGGAAAAGUUCAUUCAAGUAAAAAACCAGCUUCAAGUGCUCAGUGAAAAGAACCUGUUUCUUGAUGAUCAAACUCGGUGGAACACAACAUACCAAAUGCUUGCAGCUGCUUCUGAAUUGAAGGAAGUGUUUGAUUGCUUGGAUACUUAUGAUCCAGAUUAUAAGCUAGCCCCAUCAGUGGAAGACUGGAAGCUGGCUGAGACUUUAUGCAGUUUCAUGAAACCUCUCUUCGAUGCAACCAGCAUCCUUACAGCUAAAACUCAACCUACUGCAAUCACAUUCUUUCACGAAGUGUGGAGGAUACACGCGGACUUGGGUCGUUCUAUCACGAGUGAGGAUCCCUUUAUCAGCAACCUUGCGAAAUCAAUGCAUGAAAAGAUUGAUAAAUACUGGAAGGACUGUAGCCUGGUUUUGGCAAUUGCCGUUGUCAUGGAUCCCCGUUUCAAAAUGAAACUUGUCGAGUUCAGUUUCACGAAAACAUACGGUGAGGAAGCUCCCACACACGUUAAAACUGUCGAUGACGGAAUUCACGAGCUCUUUCUUGAGUACAUAGCACUUCCACUGCCUUUGACGCCAACAUAUGCAGAUGAAGGGAAUGCCGGAGACAACGGAAAGACCGAUGAAUCUCAUCAGGGAAAUCUUCUUUCAGACCACGGGCUUACAGAUUUCGAUGCCUACAUUAUGGAGACUAGUAGCCAUCAGAUGAAGUCCGAGUUAGAUCAGUACUUGGAAGAGUCAUUGUUACCCCGCGUCCAAGAGUUCGACGUCUUGGGUUGGUGGAAGGUGAACAAGAUGAAGUAUCCAACUCUUUCCAAGAUGGCUCGUGACAUUUUGUCGAUUCCAGUCUCCUCUGUUGCUCCUGAUUCGAUCUUCAAUACCACAGAGAAGCGGCUAGAUGAGUACCGAAGCUCCUUGCGACCGGAGACAGUGGAAGCACUGGUCUGUGCCAAGGAGUGGUUACAAUAUGGAGAUUCUGAAGUUUCCAAUGCGCUUGUUAAAAUGGAAUUUUAGAUGUAGAUGUUUAUUAAACUGAGUAUGUACGGUAGGUUACCGUAUUGGACAUGUUGCACUUGUAUUUGUACAAUUAGAAAGAACCGUAUGGACUACGGAUACUUGCAGUUUUUCCCCCAUUUCA